GGCUGGAGAAACAGGAGGUGAGUUUAAUAGCAGGAAAGAUGGGAGCCCGAGGCUCACAGGUCAUCCUGCCUUCUGGAUCCAGGCCAGGCAGCCCUACGGAUGCCAAGAAUGGUUCCUGCCCCCAAUUCCUUUAGUCCGCAAGGUGUCAGAGGAGCUGGCGACUUUGAGCAGCUUCCUGAUGACGUUGUUAUCUCAGCCAACAUCGCUGACAUUGAGGAGAAGAGAGGCUUCACCAGCUACUUUGUCUUCGUCAUCGAGGUCAAGACCAAAGGGGGCUCCAAGUACCUCAUCUACCGCCGCUACCGCCAGUUCUAUGCCCUGCAGAGCAAGCUGGAGGAGCGGUUUGGGCCAGACAAUAAGCUGAACCCCCUCAGCUGCACCCUGCCCACACUACCAGCCAAAGUCUACGUGGGCGUGAAGCAGGAGAUCGCAGAGGCUCGUAUCCCUGCCCUCAACGCCUACAUGAAGCACCUGCUCGGCCUGCCUGUCUGGGUGCUGAUGGAUGAGGACGUCCGGAUCUUCUUCUACCAGUCGACCUACGACUCAGAGCAGGUGCCCCACGCCCUCCGCCGGCUUCGCCCCCACACCCGGAAAGUCAAGAAUGAGACCCCUCAAAAUGCAAGCUUGGACCGCCUGGCAGCUCCACGAGCAGAGGCUCUGUUUGACUUCACUGGGAACAGCAAGCUGGAGCUGAAUUUCAAAGUUGGGGAUGUCAUCUUCCUUCUCAGUAGGAUCAAUAAAGACUGGCUGGAGGGCACCGUGCGGGGAACCACAGGUAUCUUCCCACUGUCUUUUGUGAAGAUCCUUAAGGACUUCCCAGAGGAAGAUGACCCCACCAACUGGCUUCGCUGCUACUACUAUGAGGACACCAUCAGCACAAUCAAGGACAUUGCGGUGGAGGAAGACCUCAGCAGCACCCCCCUCUACAAGGACCUGAUGCGGCUCAUGAGGCAUGAGUUCCAGCGGGAGGACAUUGCCUUGAACUACCGGGACGCUGAGGGAGACCUGAUCCGCCUGCUGUCGGAUGAAGACGUGGGGCUCAUGGUGAGGCGGGCCAAGAGUCUACCCACACGGAAGCGGUUGUUCUCCUGGAAGCUGCACAUCACCCUGAAGGACAACUAUAAAGUCUACAACACUGUCCCCUGAGUCCCCAAGGUCCUGGCCAGUGAGGAGAUACUGGAAAGAAACUGGAGCCCUCAGAGGCAAGCAGGGUCCAGAAAGGCUGGACAGACUUCCUGGGCUUGUCCUCUCUCUGUCUGUACACUUGUUCUCUGAAUUAAAUAAAUGGCUCCAUUCCAA